AUGAAGCUCUAUCAAGAUGCCGAGAAGGCAAGGGAAGCUCAAGAAGAAGAAGACAAAAAAGACCCAAUGAAAAUGCUCGAGAAACGAACGAUGAUGAGUCGUGCGGAAAUGGAAGCAAUGGACCUUGAGCAUCUGUCAGAGUUAGUAGGAAACAAAGAGGCUGUUGAUGUGGAUGACUUCCUGGAAGCCACAAAACCAGUACUCUCAAUACCUGAACAGAUAAAACUGCAAGAAGAAGAGGAUGAACGCGCUUGA